CCACACAUGGUCCAGCAACAGAUAGCUCCAACAAGUGAUAGAGAGAACAGCAGUGCAUGAUUAACUGCUGACGCAAAGGGAGGACUUUAUCUGACAGUGAAAGGUACCAGACCACAACAAUGUCUGGCCGCGUAAUUGAUUUGGAAGAGACCGUGACCCAUACAGGUCCAAAGGGGGUCAUUAAUGACUGGAGGAGGUUCAAGUUGGAAAGUAUGGACCGGGACAAUUUGCCUCCUGCAAAAAAGGAACUUCUGAGGCAAAUGUCGUCCCCCAAUAAAUCAAAAGAUGAUUCCAGAGCUAACUUGAACCGCAAGAUGAGUGUCCAAGAGUAUGAACUGCUCAAGGAGGAGGAUGAAGGAUGUCUGAAGAAAUACAGGAGACGAUGCAUGGAAGAGAUGCACAGCAAGCUCAGUUUCGGCCCCAAGUUUGAAGGUGUGCACGACCUGGACAGUGGCGAGGCCUUCCUUGAAGUCAUCGAGAAGGAGCAUCACAGCACAGUGGUGGUUGUGCAUAUUUACAAGGUUGGGGUGAAAGGAUGCGAGCAGCUCAAUAGCUGCCUGGAGUGCCUGGCCACAGAGUACCCCACUGUAAAGUUCUGCAAGAUUGAUGCCGUCUCAUCCGGUGCUGCCGAGCGUUUUUCGGAUGAGUAUUUACCGACACUGUUGGUAUACAAGGCUGGGGAGCUCAUAGGGAACUUCCUGUCCUGCACGCAGCACAUGAACGAGGAGUUCUUUGCAACCGACGUUGAAACUUUCCUCAACAGUUACGGUCUGCUCCCAGAGAAAGAGCUGCCUGGAGAGGACGAGGAGGAAGAACAUGACGUAGAAUGAAACAGGAGUUUGGCUGCUGCAGGAGAAAGAGGUUGGGUAAAGAUAUAAGUGAAGCAGUUUAUAUAUAUAAAAUGUCCAUGUUUUGUUGCUAUUUUGCUUUGGCAACUAGGAAAAACAUAAUUUUUCCUAUAUAACACUAGCAUUGGACUGUUCCUUGAGAAUGUUUUUAUAUGUAGGUGGUGGGGAAACUUUACUAGUUGCUGAAUGAGAAAACACUUCAUUCCUCAUCACCACUUGAAAAGCCAAAACAAGAUAACUGUAACAAUAAAUACAUUGUUUUAUUAGGAAAUAUCUUCCUGUAUAUAUUAUAUACAUGUGCAUGACCAGAUUCAUUUAUAGUGGUUUUUUUAGCCUUUGAAUGUAUUUAUGUGUAAUCAACAAAUCUGCAUCCAUGAGCUAUACAUU